AUGAAAACAAAAACCAUUGAUUAUUUAGGAGCGAUUCGUCCACCAAGUGGGACAGACUUGAAGUUAUUUCCUCAUAUAUUAAAUAAUGAAAUAAAGUGGACAUUUGAUGGUAAAGCUUCUAUUCGGACCUGGUUCUUCCCUGCAAAACCAAAUGUGACAUUCAGUUGUUCUGAUACCACGACGCUAAAUGAAGGUGAUGACUUCAGCCGUCUGUGUGAAGUCGAACCGAGGAAACCAGAAUUAACAUUCACAAGUAAUCCAGCUCCACUUGGUGGCUCAGUUACCAUAUCAUGUUCAUCUGAUGGUGUUCCUGAACCAAGUUAUAAAAUUACCCAUAAUGGUACCAAGGUCAGCACUAAAAAGUCGUUUACCAUAUCUCCAGUAAAGUGGAGAGAUGCUGGAACUUAUGAAUGUUUUGUAAAGAAUAAUCUGGGAAGUGAUUCAGUUUCCAAAUAUUUAACAGAAAAAGCAAAACCAAAUGUGACACUCGGUUGUCCAGAUACCACGACGCUAAAUGAAGGUGAUGACUUCAGCUGUCUGUGUGAAGGUAAAGAUGGAAAUCCACCAGCUGAUGUUACCUGGUUUAAAGAUGACAAGAAGAUUAGUGGAACUGGAAAGAAUGAACGACUGUUGACAUUCACUAACAUUGAUAAUACAGACAGUGGAAACUAUAAAUGUGUUGCUGAAAGCGACCCUGAUGAAAGAUAUAAAGAUGAAAAAACUAUUGAAAUAACAAUUCAUUUUCGACCCCACGUGACAACAAUUACUUUUAUGCCAAAAAGAGCCGAAGUUGGUAAAGCAAUGAACAUCACAUGUGAAUCAGAAGGUCUUCCUGAACCAAGUUUUAUCAUAACCCACAAUAACACCGAGAUUAUUGUUGAAAAGACGUACAACAUACCACAAGUGAAUUGGAGUGAUGGUGGAUUAUAUCAAUGUAUCGCAAGGAAUAUACUUGGAAGCAAUUCAAAGUGUUAUUUUCUGACCGUUUCAGGAGCGAUUCGUCCACCAAGUGGGACAGACUUGAUGUUAUUACCUCAUAAAUUAAAUAAUGAAAUAAAGUGGACAUUUGAUGGUAAAGCUUAUCAGCGUGUUUGGUUAUUCACUCGUAGAGGCGACACAGCAAGAAAAACAAUUGCCACUAUAAGUGUGGCUGGUGACAUUACAAUAUUCAACAAAAGUCUACCUGGAGUUAGUGUAAUUUCACCAGCAACACUGGUUUUGAAGAAAGUUGAUAAAGAUUUCAAUGGAAAAUACGAAUUUCGGCUUACUCUGGAUGAUGGAAGUGUCAUUGUGUCUUAUGUCAGCGUUUUUAUUGCGGAGAAGCCAACAGUGAAAUUAAAUUGUUCUAAUACCACGACGCUAAAUGAAGGUGAUGACUUCAGCUGUCUGUGUGAAGGUAAAGAUGGAAAUCCACCAGCUAACGUUACCUGGUUUAAAGAUGACACGAAGAUUGGUGGAACAGGAAAGAAAGAACAAAUGUUGACUCUCAAAAAUGUUGAUAAUACAGACAGAGGAACGUACAAGUGUCUUGCUGAAAGCCACCCUGAUGAAAGAUAUGAAGAUAAAAAAACAGUCAAAAUAAUAGUUCAUUUUCGACCCCACGUGACAACAAUUACUUUUAUGGCAAAAAAAGCCAAAGUUGGUAAAGCAAUAACAUCACAUGUGAAUCAGAAGGUCUUCCUGAACCAAGUUUUCAUAACCCACAAUAACACCGAGGUUAUUGCUGAAAAGACGUACAACAUACCACAAGUAAAAUGA